UACAAAUGGACGCGUUGGCUGUUCCAACAGACAGGGGGAAAGGCUGGUACCUUUCCCUAAUGGCACCAAACACCAGAGGACCAACUUUUGCCUGGUUGGACCCAUCAAGACUCUACUGUAAUUUCCAGGUUCUAGUGAUAUACCUUUAAUUUCCUGGUCCAUUUGUCCAAAGAAGGCCCUGUCAGAUUGUGUGAAGGACCUUCUCUAUCCAUUCCAGAAGGAGGCCAUUGACCUGGUAAUGGGUAUAGAUGCAAUGGGAUUCAUCCUCGGAUCGGCUGUGGCCACCACCCUUGGAAAGGGCUUUCUGGCUAUCUGCAAAGGAGGACACCUGCGCAUACAAACCCAGAGCCAAGAGUACAGUGACUACUCAGACAGAGAGAAGAUGGUGGAGGUUCGCCUGGAUGUGUUAAGGCCAGGGCUCCAGGUGCUGAUAGUGGACCAGUGGAUAGAGACCGGAGGAACCAUGAAGGCUGCUAUCAAACUGGUGGAGUGACAGGGAGCGACUGUUGUAGGUGUUGCUGCUGUGGCCAUUGAGAACAGCGAGGGAGUGACCAGUCCCAUGAUCGCCACGGUAAGCACGGGGAGUUGGCUCAGGUCUCCAACCUGACUCUGCCACACUUCCCGUGUGCCCCCCAAAAAAAUUUUGGGGGGCGGCUGCCUCUCGGGCUUCCUUGCCAGCCGUGUUCCCUCGUAUCGCCGGUUCCCUUUUCCUGCGGCCUCCGCUCUCCUGGCUGUUCCCAUGGGAGGCGAUCCCUUCCAGGCAGGAUCUCCUCCCAUGUGUAUGAUCCCUUGCCGUCUAGAAUGUCC